AUGGAAGUCAAUCAGGACACGGGAAGCUUCAAGGAGAGAGGUGGACGAUAUUCCUUACUUUGCCUCACUGAAGAAGAGAAGAAGAACGGGGUAUACGCGGCAUCGGCGGGAAACCAUGCUCAAGCGAUAGCAAUCCAUGGGCAAAGGCUCGGUAUCAAGGUUAAUGUAGUAAUGCCUCGUCAUGCACCUCUGAUGAAGAUUUCCAAAUGCAAGGAACUCGGGGCUAAUGUGAUCGUUGAGGGAAAAGACAUAGCGGUUUCAAAAGAAAUGGCAUUGAAGCUUGCAAAACAAAGUGGUGGAAAAUAUAUCAACGGAUAUGACAUGAUAGAAGUGCUAGCUGGAGCCGGUACAGUCGCUGUUGAGAUUCUCGACCAGGUUUGGUUAUUAGUUUUUGUGCGAAUGCACCACCUGCGCAUACAGUAG